CUGAAUGUUCUUACCACAGCUAAAAUGGGAUUUGAAGAUAACAAAUCAAAACAAAAAGGAGUGUUAAACUGUUCCGAUCCUUGCAUUACUUUUCUCCUACUUUACAUUACCUGUGUUUCUGCUCCUGUCGGCGGAUUUUUCCUGGAGAGUUGCCACCUGAGCCAUAACGCAGCCAUUUGUAGCGACAGACAUCUUAAACUUGUUCCUAAAGACAUUCCACCUACAGUGAUAAGUUUUGAUUUAUCUAAAAACCAAAUCUCAAGAAUUCAAGCUGGUACUUUCACAAAUCUACUGGUUCUGAAAGAUUUGAAUCUUCAUCAAAACCAAAUUUUAAAGAUUGACAAUGGAAGUUUCUCCAAUUUGAUCUCCCUUCAGAAGCUGACUCUAAACAACAAUAGACUUGUUAAACUAGGGCAAGGGACUUUUGAUGGGUUGAGCAACCUCCUAGAGUUACGACUUAAUACUAAUAAUAUUGCUGCAGUGUCAUCCACCGCUUUCCAGUCCUUGAUAAGGUUAAAACUUUUGGAUAUUUCUCAGAACCACCUUGGAACAAUGAAAAAUCUUUAUAUGAUGCUGCAGCAUAUGCCACAGCUGCAACAGUUUACAGUAAGACGAAAUAAAUUGAAACAUUUUUAUUCAUGGGAAUUUACAAACCGCUCACUUGAUCUACAGGUCCUUGAUUUGUCUAAUAAUCCAAUUAGGGACUUCAGAAUUACCAAUAAUAUCUUUCCAAACUUGACUGGCCUUUCCAUUGGAGACCCUUUCAGUGUCAUAAAAAUGGAAUGGGACGUGAAAAACAAGACCUUCCUAAGACAAAUGUCCAGCAUGGAUAUCAGUGGGCUUCAUACAACUCUUCAAGUCAUGGAAGAAUUGCUUGAAACAGUGAACACAUCGCUAACAUCUCUGGCAGCGAAUGGAAUAAAACACAAUCGGACCAAAUUAAUCAACCUUGCUUGCUCCAUUCCAACGUUGUCCAAAUUUCAGUUUCGCAGAGGCAAUCUUAGAAUCAUCACUUCAGACUUUUUGAAACCAUGUGUUCACGUAACUGAAUUAGAUUUAUCCGAGAAUCAUAUCAAAACUAUCAACGAGAAUGCCUUCAAAUCUAUGGAAAAAUUAACUGUAUUGAGGCUGAGUCAGAAUAAACUUUCAGUGGUUCCUUCUGCCAUACAGACGCUGCAGAAUCUGUCCGAGCUUGACCUCAGCAACAACUUAAUCGGCACCGUUAAUUGUCAUGAUUUCUCCAAUCAGACAAAGCUUAAGGAACUAAACCUGAAGAAUAAUUCAAUAACCCUAAAGGACUGCGUUUUCAAAGACUUGGUACGACUCCAGGUUCUGAGAUUACAGUCGAAUCAAAUUACAGAUUUAAAAGGAGCUUUUAAGAGCUCUCUGUCCAAUCUGAAAUGGCUGCAUUUGAAUGGAAAUAAACUAAAAGCUAUUCGAAAUGGGGAAUUUAAUGGACUGAAAUCUCUGUUGAAUCUGUCACUGCAUCAAAAUCAAAUAGAGACCCUUGAUAAAUACUCUUUCGUUGGAUUGAUUAAACUCACUGAUAUUCAGCUUCAAUCAAAUGCUCUGAAAAAAAUCACCUUUAAUCUUCUUGCUAACCUGAGACGAUUGGAUUUAAGUGAUAAUCGCAUCCAAUAUCCUGAAAAUGCAACUCUAACAGAAUUACCAUUUUCUAACCUUUCCUAUUUGGAAGAGUUGUCUAUUAAUGCCCAGCACCACAGGGGGAAGUCUACUCUACCUUCCAAUUUCCUCCAAGGGUUGAAAAAUCUUUUACGUUUUAGCGCUAGGAAUUGUCAGCUUAUCUAUCUUGACAAAGACACAUUUACAUAUACACCUAAACUGGAAAGACUUGAUAUAAGCUCAAAUGAUUUGCAGACUCUGUCUCCAGAACAUUUUGCCCCAAUUCGAAAUCUUAAAAGUCUCUACAUAUCCAGGAUUGCUCUUCAGUCGUUGGAUUUCCUGAGAGAUGCCAAGCUGACAAAGCUGAAGUUCCUGCAGGGAAGACACAAUCAAUACUCAGUCAUCACUGAGGAUGUAAUCAAGUCGCUUCCAUCUCUCAUGUAUUUAGACUUAAAAUACAUCAGUUUCUAUUGUGCCUGCGACAAUGCCUGGUUCAUAAACUGGACAAGAAACAGUAAACAAACACUGGUUAAUGGUGCAUAUAACUAUUCAUGCAACUAUCCAGAUAAUUUCAAAGGCAAAAAGCUUUUGGACCUAGACUUGAAGCCUUGUUUAUAUGAUGUCAACUUCAUCAGCUUUGUGUCCACCUCAUGUAUCAUUUGCUUUGUCAUGGUUGGAUCCUUCGCUUACCAUUUAAUGAGGUUGCAGCUGUACUGUGCAUACUACUUGUUACUUUCUUGGCUCUUUGACUCAAAGUAUAAAAAUAACCAAGCUCCUCACCAAUAUGAUGCCUUUAUAUCCUACAACUACCACGAUGAGCCCUGGGUGAUGGGUGAACUGCUACCAAAACUUGAAGGAGAGCAAGGCUGGAGGUUAUGUCUGCACCAUCGAGAUUUUCAACCAGGACGUUCAAUCUUAGAUAACAUCACAGAUGCCAUUUAUGGAAGCCGGAAGACCAUCUGUGUCAUCAGUCGCAGAUACCUGGAGAGCGAGUGGUGCUCCACAGAGAUCCAAGCAGCCAGCUACCGUCUCUUUGACAAGAAAAAGGAUGUACUGAUCCUGGUGUUUCUUGAAGACAUUCCCACAUACAUGCUGUCUCCUUUCCACCGCAUGAGGAAGCUACUGAAGAGGCAAACCUACCUGAGCUGGCCGAGAGCAGCAGGACAGCCAGGAGUGUUCUGGGAGAAGCUGAGAAAGGCUUUGCAGACUGGAAAUGAUCCGAGCGAGGAAAAUGUCCUGCUGACCCUCACAGGGACGUAGGGAUGAGACGGAAAAUUCCGUUCCUCCAGAGAAAUACUGUCUAGUUUUUCAGUAAAUUAUUAGGCAAAGAAAAAAAAUGAAACUAAAGUACAUUUAGCAAGUAUUUUUACCACAUUUUUGUUAACUUAGAAGUGUUAAACCAAAGAAAACAAUAACAUUUACAAAAUUAAAAGCUUAUUGUUAAGGUUUAACUAUUUGGUAUGAGUUCGGUAUUAUUAUACUCUGAUGUGAGUCUGUCACUCUGUACUUCACUACCUCACUAUGCCCAAUAACACAGUCAAGAGCAACAAUUUUAAUUUGGUACUGAGCAGUACUGUAAACUGUAAAUAUUGUCAAUUGUAUAUAAUGUGAUCCUUAUCUUAUUCUUAUACUUAUCUCAUUUUAUCCUAAUAUCUUAUUUUACAUUGUUUAUAUGGGAAGGGUGUAAUUUGACUUUAUGAGUUUUAAUUUGACUAAUUUUACUUUUUUUAUUCUGUCUUAUUAUACUAUAUUUUGUUUUGCUGUAUCACAAUCUUAUUUUUCUCUCUUCUGUAAACGGUUGCACUGCAAGAAAAAAUUUCCUGCAAAGCAAUAAUGUAGUAAUUCUCAUUCUGAUGUAAGGCAGAUGUUUGGUCAUAUAUUUUAUAUUUUAAUGGAAAGCUGUUUUGUUAUGAACAUCCCAUUUAUUGGACAAAAAUAAUUAGAAAAGAGUAAAACAAAAA